AAUGCUAGGUAAGAAAGCCGUGAGGAGGACGCACGGGCAUAUUGUAUUUACUUUUAAUUCGUUACUUUCCAUUCUUUUCAUAUAACUACGUAAUUAUUCUAAUCAUUGUCGGUGUGGCAGUUUUGUUUCGCGGUUCUAAUCUUGUUUUAAUCAUUUUUUAUCACAGCGGCUGUUUAAUAUAACAUACAACAAGCUCUUACUGGUUAUAUCAUGUUUUAGCUGUUUACCCGUGCAGUCGGUGAUAUUAGUAGUGUAAUAACUGUUUGUUUGUUAAAACGCUGUCGCAUUUUGUUCAAUAAGCCGCCGUUCAUGCCAGAUCUGCAGCGCUUCAGUUUUCCAUAUAGUAUGAACCCGUUGUUGGGCCACAGCUUGUCUGCUGCUCAUCCGCAUCCACAGAGUUCAGAAAUGCUCAGCCAUCCGGAUUCACCCACUUCUGUGAUCCCCGAGGCUCUUCUGACGGCUCCUCACGCCUCCAUUCUCCACCUCGGCGAACAUCCCGGACUGAUCGCAGACGGCACUUCCCAAAGCGGCUUAGUUUAUCUGCCCAUCGGUCCUUCUCUGCACCGGGCCGUGCCGCCUCCCCCCGCAGCCAUGGCUUUACGCAACGACUUGGGCUCCAACAUCAGCGUCCUGAAGACCCUUAAUCUGCGCUUUCGCUGCUUUUUGGCUAAAGUGCAUGAGCUGGAGAGGCGAAACAAAAUCCUGGAGAAGCAGCUGCAGCAGGUGCUGGAAAGCAACGAGCUCGCCUGCGCUGAGAGCAAAGAAACCGGGGUGCAGACCGGUUUUGUCGGGCCAGUUCCCCUGCAAUCUCAAAACACCAACAAUUCCGUUAAGAGACCGACUACUUUAUUCACACCCUCCCUUACGACCGUGCUUAAACUCGAGCCUGAUGACAAGACUAGGGCUUCAGGUUAUGAAUCAAGCUCCAACCCGGCCGUUAGCUCGUGCGCGCCUAGUAAAGCGGCAGCGGCCAACACGAAUAACUCCAACAACGCGCCUAAUGUGAACAGUGCUGCAGCCAGAACCGGCUCUAAUCCAACUAAUCGCUUUAUGCCCGGCACUAUCUGGUCCUAUAGUCCCAGCCGAAAGUGGCCCUCGAAUUCGGAACCGCGGGUGAUCACCAGCCCUGGAGUGUCAUGGGUGCACCCGGACGGAGUCGGAGUGCAGAUCGACACCAUUACCCCGGAAAUCAGAGCCCUAUACAACGUGCUGGCCAAAGUAAAACGGGAGAGGGACGAGUACAAGCGCAGAUGGGAGGAGGAAUACACCAUGAGAGUGGAACUUCAGCAGAAGGUCACAGAUUUGCAGGAGGACCUGCAGGAGAGUGAGGUGUGUCAGGAUGAGCUGGCCUUGAGGGUGGAGCAGCUGAAGGCAGAGCUUGUCCUCUUUAAGGGUCUAAUGAGCAAUAACCUGAGCGAGUUAGACAGUAAGAUCCAGGAGAAGGCUAUGAAGGUGGACAUGGAUAUCUGCAGACGUAUUGAUAUCACAGCACGUCUCUGUGACCUGGCACAACAGAGGAACUGUGAGGACCCCAUCACGAGCUUUCAGGUUGCCAGUCCGCAAUCUUCCAUUAGCUGUCGUCCACGGAAACAGACAAUCCAGCCUGCUUAUGGCAGUGAGACUGAUGAACCAACCAGUACCUCAGAAAGCGAUGGAUGUGGAGCAAAAGAGGAGAAUGUAGGCACCACCUCAGCUACUCAGAUCAAUGAAGAGAUGCAGAGGAUGUUGUGUCAGUUGCGUGAAUGUGAGUUUGAUGAUGACUGUGACUCUUUGGCAUGGGAAGAGACUGAGGAGACCCUGCUGCUUUGGGAGGAUUUCCCAGGAUGUACUCUGACCACAGACCCCAGCCAUGGUGAGGUAAGGCAGGAGGAGUGUCUUGAGAAAGUGAUCAAAGAUACAGAGUGCCUAUUUAAGUCUAGGGAGAAGGAGUAUCAGGAUACCAUUGGCCAGAUUGAGUUGGAGCUGGCAACUGCAAAGUCUGACAUGAACAGACACUUGCAUGAGUACAUGGAAAUGUGUAGUAUGAAGAGAGGACUGGAUGUUCAGAUGGAAACAUGCAGGAGACUCAUUACCCAGACUGGAGAGAGUCACUCCCCGUGUCCCGGCCCUGGCGGAGGCAUAGAAGCGAAUGAUGGGACAGGAACAGAGAAGACUUUAGAGGGAGGAAGAUAAUAAUGAACAGCUUGAUAUGGAAAAAAGAACAAGAGCUGGGAAGCUUCUCUUAUCUCACUGUUAAACCUAAGCCAUAUUUAGCCCCCAGGUUCUGAUACACUCAGGCUUUUCCCAAUGACUCUUAGACAACUAAUUAUUAAAAUAAAUUAAAAAAUCAGGGGCCAAAUCAAUAUUACCUCAUAGUAGUCGCAUGAAUUUGUUUUUUGCAGUAUGUGACUAACCCCUAAUGAUACUAAGUGAGAUGAUUCAAAAAUUUCCAGAGAGUUUCAUUUAUCACUGUAUAGUGGAAACAUUUGAGUGGAAAAUAUUUCAAGUAAUAUAAUUAUUGUUGUUAUAGGACACUGAUAUCAGUACAGGACACAGUAUCUGUCAGUUCGGGAUCUAACAGGGGAAUCUUUUGCUCUCUACACAACUGGUCUCAUAUGUAUCUCAUCUGUAAAAUACUUCAUACUGUUGCCUUAAUAUACAAUAUACUCCAAUAGUCCUGCUGCCAUUCAUAUUAUCAUAGCUUUGUUUUGUGCGCUGUGGUUGUAAAAUAAGUCUGCAGCUGUGACCAGUAAAGUUCAGCAUACUUCAUCAUUCACCAAUCAUGCUCCAUUUUUGGAAAACUGGAAAACUAACCUGCGGUCAAGCAUUAACAAGAACAUUUUUCUGUCACUGAUAUACGCAGUAAAUUUACAUAAUAGUUUACCUGUGCUUUGAGGUAAUCACAUCAGACAUCAACCUUUUGCUAAAAUCAUUUCAUCUUUCCAAAUACACAGUAAGGCUGGUCAAUCAAAUCAAGCAUUUCAACACCAGCAAAGUAACAUAUACCUCAUCCAUCUACAUGUUAUUCAAGGAAAAAAUGAUGAAAUCUUCUUACGUAAAUUGGAGUAAAUCUGAGCCAAACCGUCUGGUUAACUAAACUGAUCUCAGUGCAGUGCUAAAAUAAAUAUUUGAUCUUAUAUGUACCUAGAAUAACAGUUGUUAUGCAGUUUGAAAGAUGGCUGUUUCCACUUUAAGCUAUUCUGAUGUAUACAUGACUCAUGAUGUCUAAAUUGGCAUAUUACAUACUGCUAUAGGAAAUGAACUUAUACGUGACAUCUGUGGGUGUGUGCAUGUUUUGACCGGGAGUCUACUGCACUAAUAUGGAAUUGAAACUGCAUUAGAGUUUGUUGAACUAAAAAGGCAGAAAGGGAUACAGCAUGGUUGAUUUGGUUUCACAUGUUCCAACUGAAAGAAGAACACCAGGAUGGUUAGGAACAGAUAUACACCAUGCACUGCUGUGGUUCUUUAUGUAUUUGGAAUAAAAUGUGCCAAAUGUGAGGUUAACGUCAAACAGAAGGCUUUCAGGAGUACAGAAAGUCAGGACCCAAUGCUUCCAUACAUGGUGCUGAUCCCCAUCUUGUAAAUAUUUGCUUUAUUAAGGCAAAGAGUAAAAAUCUGUAAUAUCUGUAUGUAAGCUAUAUGAGUAUUGUGCAAUAAGAAAAGUGCGAAUGGCUCUUAAUGUAAUGUAACUGACAACGCAUUAGGUUUAAAGCAUAUUCAGAUUUGCUUUGCCUCCAAACAUGUUUUCUCCAGACAUGUUUUCAUCCAUUGUCAGCUUCUGUCCUUUUAUCUGGUUCUGUUUUCACUCUUGUUUUUAAUUCACCCCUUUCUUUUAGAAGCAGAUUUACCUAGGGCCUGUUUUUGUCCUUUUGAAAAGAUGUUUUUAGCAUAUUAAGAUCUCCUAUUUUGAGUAAGUUUUAGACAUCUCCUUUGUAUAGCUUUUCAGUAAUCUGGCUUGCAAUCUUGAGCUUUUUAGUUGUUUAAAACUUAAACACUCAAACAAAAAGAAGUAUAUUCAUUUUGUUUGAAAACCUCCCUCUUUUCUCCAUUAAUUUAUUUGUAGCCUCAAAUUGUGUUUCUCUCUAUGUGUGUGUAUGUGUUCUGAUUUGUUCUGUUAUGUGAAUACUUUCUUCACAAGGAACUUACUUGUUGUUUACUGCAGUCAAAAAGCCAUUAGGUGAUUUUAUGAGCUAGAAUGUCUGUAGCUGAAUUACUGUACAAAGUGUUAUUCAGUUGUAAAUGUGGAAGUUGUGUUUAAUACUAUAAGUAAACAAUCUAAACCAGCUUUAGAAGUACCAGGUACUUUUCAGAAACAAGAAGUAUUUUCCUUAGGGUGUGUUCACCAAAGUUUAAACAUGUACAGUAAUAGAGAAAACAAACAAACGCAGAGGAAAAAUACGAAUGCUUAUUCAAAAUAUUGGUAUGAUUGCUAUGAUGUUGUAAUCUAGAGGAAUUCAGUAAGGAUAUUUAGUAUAAAACUGAUGACAAUUCAUGCGAGUCCACUAUCCCUGUCAGAAGAAUAUUUCCUCCCACUUUAAUGCAGUUGUAGUAAAAUGAAUUUGUCGAUGUAUUUGGCUAUAAUAUCCAGAAUGUUAAGUAGAAUCCUGUUUUAGCUUUAUAACAGAUUAGAAAGUACAUAAUAAACAAUGAUAUUCAAAGGGAGAGCAAAAUGUACAGUAGGUGUUGUAUAACUAUGUUAUACCACACAGCACUUGAAUCACAAAACAUCGUUUUGCCUAAAAUAACUCUUUUGACAGGUUGGAUGGACUCAUUAACAUGUAUGUAUCUCAAGGCCAAACAUGAGUUGCCUGCUUUAAUGAGUGCUGAAAGACUGGAGCUUUAUAAAGACUUGAAAAAUAAAAGACAAUGCUAUACAGA